AUGGCAGCCUACAGCAGCUACCCGGUGCCUCCUCAGUACGGCCAGCCGCCUCCUCAACCAUUUGGUCAGCCGCCCCCACCCCCACCAGAACAGCAACAGUACGGGCAACAGCAGUACGGCCAGCAGCAGUAUGGUCAAGAGCAGCAGUACGGCCAGCAGCCGCAGUAUGAUCAACAGCCGCAGUACGGAAUGCAGAUGCAAUCGAACUUGCAGCACGGUAGCGCUCCCCGCCGAGGAAGCAUUCAACGUUCAAUGUCGUUUGAUCCUUCCCAAUCUCCCUUUGGGAACCAGAGCACGGCCGUGGUGUCGUUUGAUCCUUACGCCAGUGCUACUCCGUCCCAAGGUGGAGGAGGUGGAGAUCCGUUUGCUGGGUCAGUUCAAGUUCCUCAAUUGGGUCAAUCUGAUCCAUUUGGAAGUACAGCUGCUCCCUAUGGAAGUGCCCCUAGUGGAGUGACUCUGUAUGGAAUUCCCCCUUCUUUUAGCAAUGAAGAAAUGACAACGAGUCCACACGCUCAAUCCCAAUUUGGAGGAGAUCUCUUUGCCAGUGCUCCACCGGCAUCCACUCUGAAUGCUAGUACAUACAAUCAGGGAUUCCAGAACACAAACGCCAGUGUGGUCAGUGACAUUACCGCGUUCACCAGUGCUCCUCCAGCAUUUGCAGCGUCUGCCCCACCAGCCACUACUACUAGCACUGCAUUGACGCCUGCUCCUGCGCCUGGACCAAAGGUGAAGACUACAAACUCCGCUCUCGCAAAAGCCAGAAAGGGAGAAUUCAAUGAGGCAGAUAUUGAUCCAGCACUCGCAGCGGAACAGGCCAAAAUAUUGGAAAAAAUUCAGGCCCGCAACAAGAUGAAGCAAAUUCGUCAAAAUGCCGGAUUGCCGGCGAACAGCAAGAGUCAGGCCAUGGUGCCCCACAAUCCUAAAAGUCAAAGCAUGGUGCCCUACAAUGGACCACCCGAUCGUCGUGCUCCUCCUCGUACACGAUCCAUGCCUAAUCCAAAUUCCAGAGGACAGAAAAACUCCAUCGCCCAUGGUGGUCAGGCCGUUCUCGAUCCCAAGAAGGACCUGCGAAAGCAAACACGAAAAUUAAAAACAGCCGCGGGAACCGUUGGAGGAGCCGUCGUCGGUGGAAUCUUGCUGGCUCCCGUACUGGGACCCUUUGGUGUCAUCGCCGGGGCAAGUGGUGGUGCUGCCAUUUCCAACAAGGCGGCCAAAUCCAGAGACAAACGCAAACAACAAGAAUUCGAACAAAAGAACUUUCAAAAGGGUGCCACUCAGUCCGCGGCUGCAAAGGGGGAUGGUGCCUUUGUUUAA